UGUGUGACAUUUUGAUCUCUCUGCCCAGACAUUGUUAUUCCAAAUUAUACAUUUCGUCGUUCAAAGUUGGGUUCCAUUCCCAACUCCCUUGGGGCCAGUGCAGGGUAUGUGGUUUGUAUGGCGAACGGGGUGGGUGGGGCAUCGUCUGGCGGCGGAGAGCCGCAGCAACAACAACCACACUGGCGUUAUGGCACCUGAGUCACCCACUGUCAGUCCAAUCCAGUCCAGGAGCCAUGGCUUAAAAGCAACUCCCCCCAGCGGCAGGCAGCUCAUUUGCCCAACAUUAGCCCCAUGCACUUCACACAGAUCUCCCGCCUGCUCCUGGCGCUCCUGGUGCUCCUCUACCCGGGCGCAUCUCGGGGGGAUGCCAACCGCCUGCUGCUGGACCAGCUCAGCCAGGUGGGCAUAGUCAACCUCCUAGACCAGGCCACGCGUCCCAAUGUACCCCAGGACCUCUCGACCUACGACUUCGUGGUGAUUGGCGCCGGAGCAGCUGGCAGCUCCCUGGCCGCCCGCCUCUCCGAGAACCCCCAGUGGCGGGUGGCCCUCCUCGAGGCCGGGGGCGUGGAGAACAUAGCCCACCUGACGCCGGUGCUGGCCGGCUACCUGCAGCAGACAGCCUCGAACUGGGGCUACAAGUCGGUGCCCCAGAAGCUCUCCUGCCACGGCAUGCACAACAACGAGUGCGCCCUGCCCAGGGGAAAGGUGCUCGGAGGCACCAGCUCCAUCAACUACAUGAUCUACAAUCGGGGCAAUCGCCGGGACUUCGAUGGCUGGGCGGCGGCAGGAAAUCCCGGCUGGAGCUACGACGAGGUGCUGCCCUACUUCCUGCGGAGCGAGCGGGCCCAGCUGCAGGGGCUGGAGCACUCGCCGUACCACAACCACAGUGGGCCCCUGAGCGUGGAGUAUGUGCGCUUUCGGUCCCAACUGGUUGAUGCCUUCGUGCAGGCCUCCGUGGAGUCGGGACUGCCGCGCACCGACUACAAUGGCGAGUCCCAGUUCGGGGUCUCCUAUGUGCAGGCCACCACCCUGAAUGGCCGGAGGCACUCGGCGUACUCGGCCUACAUAAAACCUGUGAGGGACCUGCGCUCCAACCUGCAGAUCUUCACCUUUGCCCGAGUGACCCGUAUUCUGAUCGACGAGGCCACCAAGUCCGCUUACGGCGUGGAGUUCCACUACAAAAACAGAGCCUAUACCUUCAAGGCCCGCAAGGAGGUGAUCCUGUCGGCGGGCGCCUUCAACUCCCCCCAGAUACUGAUGCUCUCGGGGAUCGGGCCGGAAGACAACCUCAAGGCCAUUGGGGUGCCGCUGGUCCAAGCCCUGCCGGUGGGCAAGAGGAUGUACGACCACAUGUGCCACUUUGGACCCACCUUCGUGACCAACACGACGGGUCAAACGACCUUCACCUCGAGGGUGUCGCCCGCUGAGGUGAUAUCCUACCUCCUGGCCGGCGAUCCAUCCACCCGACUGAGUUCCAUUGGCGGGGUGGAGGCCCUGGCCUUCCUCAAGUCGCAGCGUUCGGAUCUGCCCAAGGAUUGGCCCGACAUCGAGCUGAUCAUGGUCACUGGCAGCUUGGCCAGUGACGAGGGCACGGCCCUCAAGUUGGGCGCCAAUUUCAGGGACGAGAUCUACGACCGCAUGUACAGGGAGCUGGCGCAGGCCCAGCAGGAUCACUUCACCCUGCUGGUCAUGCAGUUCCACCCCAAGUCGGUGGGUCGUCUCUGGCUGAGGGACCGCAAUCCGCUGAGCUGGCCCAUGAUCGAUCCCAAGUACUUUGUGGCCGAGGAGGAUGUGGAGUUCCUGCUGGAUGGCAUCAAGACCAGUCUGCGUCUCAUCGAGAUGCCGGCCAUGCGGAGGAUCGGGGCGAGGCUGCUCAAGAGGGUGGUGCCGGGCUGUGAGAGCCACGAGUUCGCCUCGGACGACUACUGGAGGUGCUCCAUCCGAACGCUGUCCUACACGCUGCACCACCAGGUGGCCACCUGUCGCAUGGGGCCCGAGAGCGAUCCCACCACCGUGGUCAACCACCAGCUGAAGGUGCACGGCAUGCGGCGCCUCCGGGUGGUGGACACCAGCGUGAUCCCAGUGCCGCCCACCGCCCACACGAACGCGGCGGCCUUCAUGAUCGGCGAGAAGGCGGCGGACCUGAUGCGAUCCGAGUGGAGCUGAAUCAAACAGGUAUCAAUCAAACAGGCCAUAAAAAAUCCAUUAUCCGACUCGUCAAAUGGCGUUUUUAUUGUACUCAACCUUUUUUUUGCAUUACCAGGAGUGUAUUAAUACCAAAAGUUAAUUUUAGAAUUAAGAGCAAUGUAGAAAUUAUCAAACUUAGAUUGUGAAUUGAAGAAUAUCCGUGCUCCAGGCCAUUUUGCCCCAUUUGCGUGCUGGAAACCAUUAAGCCCGCCCUGGCCUCCCAUGAGCCACGACAUUCCUAUUAAAGGAUUAUCGAUGCCCGGCUAAGUGCAUUAUUUUAUUAUUUUAUUGAAUCGCUUGCCAAAAGGCGGAAAAAGUGAAGAGUAAAAUCAUCUAUUAGUGCCCGGUUAUUGUUUGACUGGGCAAGUUAAUUAAAUGGAAUUACCUUAA